GUGAAGAGAUUUUGUCGCCCGUGCACCUGUUCUCAUCCGAUACAGCCUGAGAAUAAGAGUGACACCAAAGUGAAAAUGGAACAUUAUUUAAAAAUCACGGUGUGCCUCCUCCUGAUCGUCCAGACCUGUCUCCUGGCGUCGCUCCCAGAGUCAACCGACUCUCCGGGUCGUACCAUCGAUAAAGGCUGGCUCCGUGGAGUCCACAAAAUGAAAGAUAAAGGCGGAAUUAAAAAGGCUCCGGUCGCUACAGAUGAGCCGGGAUAUGAAUCGGUACCAUUUACAGAAGCUUUGGAUUCAAACAAUGUUGAAGCUGAUGAAAUUCCAUCGGGCUUCAUGAUGUUUGGAGAUGAAAACAGGUCGAGUGGUGAAUCGAGUGAAAAUAAAACAUCUGGUAAUCCGCCGCUGCCUCCCCAGUUUUCAAAUUAUACAGAUGAGAAGCCUCAAGUGUCAAACACCACAGCUGCUCCAACCACUACCACAACAAUUCCCUCAAACUCAAGCCAGACAAACAUGACAGGAGCUGAGGAGGACCCUCACAACUCAACGAUGACCAAUCAAACCUCCACCGGUCAUUCCAGUCAUCACAACCACACCUCUCAUAACCGCACUCAUUUACACACGACAACCUUGGCGCCAGAGAAGAAUAAGGGGUUAGACAACAGCACGGGAUCGAACGGCACAACAACCGCAACCACCACAGCGACACCGGGGUCCAAUGAGACGUCCCUCACGUCUUCGUCCACGACAGCGUUCCCCUCUGAGACCACAGGAGCAGACCCCAUGCCCAUGACCCCUCUCGCUCCGAUCACACCUGAGGAGGCCAACAUAACGGACAAAGACGGAGCCUCGGGCAGCGGCGCAGACAGAGUUUUGGCAUCAGAUCCACACAAGAGCCGCCGGCACGGAGCGUGGGCAGCCAUACUGGGAACCGCAGUGGCCGUGGCCAUCGUGGGACUGGUGGCCUACGUCAUCCUGAAAAAGAAACACCAGAUGGGGUUCUCUCACAGGAAACUGGUGGAGGUGUAUCCCUCAGACCCAGUCCUCAGAUUGGACAACAGCGAACCUUUGGACCUGAACUUUGGAGGCAGGGUCUACGACAACCCAGGACUCACAGGGGACAACUUCCAGAUGUCCAACUUUCCAGGAAAUCAGAGAAACUAGAAACAAACGGUUUUCUUUCUGACACCCUGGUAGAAAAACUGAUCACGUGGAGUUUUGUAAAUGAGACGGUCUGAGUUUUUAUUUUAUGUUAAUCUUAUGUCAGAGUGUGUGUCAUGCUGAGUAGAUUUAUCCAACUGAAAUAGAGGGAAUCACUGAAGGCAAUUUAUCUGAAGUGCGCUGCCGAAGUCAAUAUGAACAGCCAAUUACGUGUGUUGCCAAAGGGAAUAAAAUGAAGAAUAUGAUUUGCAGUCGAUGCAGGUUGUUAAAAAAAUGAAUCUUUACUGUACAUUUUGGGUUUUAACUUUUAAUUUGGUUUGCGUGGCUGAGAUAAAAUCACUUAAAAAGAAGAAACUAGAAUACAACUCCUGCUGAUGCAAAAACCAUUUGUGGAAAAAAGGAAAAAUAAAGGAACACGCUGUCUGCAGAAUAAAUAGCUGUUUACACAGGUGGCACACUGAGGCCUGUGCAGCAGAAAUUCAGACGCCAUCGCGAACAAUGACAUUAUCCAUAUCAACCGUCACCUGCUGUUACGGCACAAGGGAAGGGAAAUAAAAAUAGUUAUAUUUAAACUGCGCUUUCAGAUUUUUCCACUGUCACAGCCGGAGCCUGAGAAUUGAACCGUCAAUCCGAAAGACCCGAGUUUGUUUUUCUACAAAGUGACGGAGGUGGAGGGAGAGCCGGCUGCUGUUUUCUUAUUCAUAGUCUGAGGUUUUUCUGAUAUUCAUGAAUUCAGUCUGUAUUUGGUAUUAGCUGUGUUCAGUAGCAACAUCUGUAUCAUCCUAAUAUACUCCUUAAAUCUUCUGACCUCCAGGUGUCCAGACAGAAACCUGGGAGAGUCACGUCCUGUAGCGUUUACCUGCAGCAGACACAGAUCAAAGCUAGAACGCGUAUGAUUAUAUAUUACCUAUAAAGAACUUUACAUAUUUUCUUAUUGUUAUUCUGGUCACAUGUUUGCUUUGACUUUGAGUGACAACCUCGAGUUAAAAAUGUGUUUCUCUUGUACAACAUGGCGGGGCAAGGAACCUGCUAUGUAACUUCCUACUUUCACUAAUGCCUUUGUGAAAUAAAAUCUAGCAAUAAUUCAG